AUGGAGACUGAACAGGAUCAAUGGAUAGCAUUCCUAAAUGUACUCAUCGAACAUUGUGAUAGUAGACUGACCCACAAAGUGUACCAAAAACCCACACACACAGAUAAAUACCUGCACGCACCACCGAACCACCAUCUUAGUCAAAAGAGAGGAGUCAUCACUGCUCUAACUGAACAGGCCCGAAGAAUAUGUGAACCAGGGCAUCUCGAGGAAGAAUUGGAACGUCUCCAAUUCCAUUAUGUUCAUCAAUAUUCUCAAUUUCCAGCUGCUGUUGGUGGUGACCACGUUAUAAGUCUCAUAGACGAGAUAUCCUUUCAGUCUCCCCCGGCCCCGCCACUGUCUCAAUUAGACGACCUUGACCAAGAUCUAUUCUGUAAUGGAGACAACAGGCCAGAACACUGUGGUCAAAAUUGUAUGUGUACCCAUAUGGUCGACAUACCUUUAAAUGCCAUCGUUGAAGUAGUACUAGUAGAUGAGGUUCAAUCGCCAAAUCUCAGCCAUCCUUUCCAUCUUCAUGGAUAUGUAUUCAACGUUGUCGGAAUCGGACGAUCUCCAGAUAAGAAUGUGAAAAAAAUCAACUUGAAACAUGCUCUUGACUUGGACAGGAGAGGCCUCCUACACAGGCAUUUCAACUUACCGCCUCUCAAAGAUACAAUUGCUGUGCCAAACAAUGGAUAUGUUAUAUUUAGGUUUAGAGCGGAUAACCCAGGUUACUGGCUAUUCCAUUGCCACUUUCUGUUCCACAUUGCCAUAGGAAUGAACCUCAUAGUCCACGUAGGGACCCAAUCAGAUUUGCCACCAGUACCUCAUGGAUUUCCAAAGUGUGGAGAUCAUUUACCUCCCAUCUCGUUAUUCCAUUAAUAGUGAAAUUGUUUAGUUUAAGGAUUACUUGACUGUGUGAAAGUGAAACUAGUGAGAUUUGAAUUUACCGAAUAAGUAUUACCUGGAUGUUAUUACACAAACCACUGUUAAUGAGUCGCUUGUGGUAUAAUGAACAUAAGGCUCAAGUGGAGGAUAUUCAGUUUAUUAGUAAAGUAACAUAUACUCCCUGA